GAGUAUCAAAUGACUCUUUUGAAAUUCUGAAAGUGUAUUUUUUUUUUUAAAGUAAAUGUUAGUUCUCUGGGAUUAAAGAACUGGUCGGUGCCACUCCCCAGUAAUGGGGACGGGGUGGGGAGACCCAUCUAGGCAGAUUCAGACAGCCUGGAUGACUGUAUGGCUGUCAAAGAUAACCAGGGUUGUUGCAGAGGCUGCUGUUUAUUACACUGAUACACCUUGUGAACAAGCAACUUAAUUCAUCCAUCAAAUGCUUAAGCUUGUAGGGUAAAUAGUCUUCCAUAUCUGUUAAUAAUAAAUAAAUGAAGUGUGUGAAUUCCACUGCAUAAGAAAGUAUGUAAAGCUUGUUCCAUGAAACUUUCUAGCUGAUUUUCUUCAAAAAAAAAAAAGGCUUUAAAAGUUUAAUGUUUCAGCUACUGUAUCUUCUGUUAUAGAGAUAUUACAUGUACUUCUGCUGUGUGUUUUGAAAUGCUCUUUUUCUUCCUUACAGGUUGUGUUCCGCUCAAAGGAAUUAAAUGAUUGAAACUAUAGAGACUUAAAAUUUCUGCUUGUGAACAGUGAAUAUCAACAUGGAGGUGUAGGCCCCUUAGAAGGGACUUCAGUCUGAACUCUGGGAGGUAGUUCUGUGCACAAAUAAAGAAACUAACACAUUUAAAAGUUGUUUUAUCCAAGGAUUCUGUUCACUUUAUAAACAUGGCAUACGGAAAAAACAUAAUUAAUCAAUAUAGAACAUUAGGAUGUCCCAAUAAAAAUCAGUUUAUUUCUGUUAGAUAUGAUAACUGUGUACUUGUAACUAAGGCACCAGGUUAAAACUGAAAUGGUCAGUUCAAUCUGUGCCAAGAAUGCUAUAGACAAGAAAGCCUGAGGCUGUUCCAGGCCUGUUGUUUAAGAUCGUUCAUCCUCAUCAUCGAUAGUGUACAGGAUUUAUUUAUCCUAUAGCUGAAUCCUUGGUAUAUGCAAGGUUGAGUUUAAACUGACCUUUUUUGGUCUUAACUGUUGUGAUUAUAAAAAUAUGCAGAAGCUGAGGUUUCUUGGCAGUGUAAUAUUAGUAGAUAUACCAGGUGAUGUUCAGGGGCUCUUUUCUUAAUGCCUUUUGAACUUAAACAAUUAUUUUCAGCCUCCUAAUGAGAUUUACAAACUUAAAUCUUUACAGGUAUAUAAGCUGCAUAUUUAUCAGAUCUCUAGGAUGAAAUAACUUUUAAAUUACUUAAUGUUAUAGUCAAAAUUGUCAACUUGGUUGCCCCCUGUUUUAGUUUCUUUAUUGAGGAAGGAUUUUGAUAAACCUACUUGAGGUUUUUUCCUCUCUGGACCCCACCUCUAGCAGCCUGCCUAAUUGAUAUUGUUCUCCUAGAUGUACAAUAGAAGGAAAGCAUGUGAUGGAUAAUGCAAGGAAAAGUCUUUUUUAACAUGCUUUCUGUAAUAUUUGUCAAAUUGGAAAUAGCUUUUGUACUGAAAGCAGUUGUAGACCAAAGUACAAGGAGAACUUCCCCACUGUUCAGAGGCUGUUAAUCGUGCAACUACUCGUGUUUACAUGUGCAUUCAAAGAUGCAUAUAAAAAUAAUCACUUGCAGGUUGUUAUUUCUGUAGAGGCAGGGGUUACUUGGAGUUGCCUUUAAUGCACACAACUACCUCCCAGAGGAAGACUUGUCCCAUUCUUCCAAAAAUAGUCCAUUAUGAACAUAAUGGAGAAUAGCCCUUUCUUGGCUAACAUGAUGAAGCACAGUGCUCUAUGUGAUGAACUGAAGUAUGAUUUAUCCUGUGAACUCUACCGAAUGUCCACAUUCUCUACUUUCCCUGUUAAUGUGCCAGUGUCAGAACGGAGCCUUGCACGGGCUGGGUUUUACUACACUGGUGUGAAAGACACAGUUAAAUGCUUCUGUUGUGGCUUAAUGUUGGACAACUGGCAACCAGGAGAUAAUGCUAUGGAAAAACACAAACAACUCUAUCCUAGCUGCGAUUUUAUUCAGAACGUGCUUUCAGUUAACAACCUUGGGUUGUCCUCUCGUUCUGCCUUUUCACCUCUGGUCACAAGCAGUUUUUCACCAUCUCUACAUUCCAUAAACUUCACUCAAAGUUUAGAGCAAGUUGGCUAUUUCAGUGGCUCUUUUUCCAGUUUUCCUCAAGACCCCAUAACUACUAGGGCUGUUGACCUCUCAUGUUUGAGACCGAAGCUUUGCAAUCCUUCCAUGAGCACAGAAGAUGCUAGACUACGCACUUUUCACUCAUGGCCCCUGACGUUUCUCUCGCCCGCGGAUCUGGCGAAGGCUGGAUUUUAUUACCUGGGGACAGCAGACAAAGUUGCCUGUUUUACCUGUGGUGGUCAUCUGAGUAACUGGGAACCGAAAGAUAAUGCCAUGUCGGAGCAUCGGAGACACUUUCCUAAGUGCCCUUUUGUGGAAAAUCUUACUCGAGACCAACUGAACUUCAAUGUUUCUAAUGUGAGCAUGCAAACCCAUGAAGCACGUGUUAAAACAUUUAUUAACUGGCCAACUAGAAUUCCAGUUCAACCUAAACAGCUUGCAGAUGCUGGUUUUUACUAUGUAGGGCGCAAUGAUGAUGUCAAGUGUUUUUGCUGUGAUGGUGGGUUAAGGUGCUGGGAGUCUGGAGACGAUCCAUGGAUUGAGCAUGCAAAGUGGUUUCCAAGGUGUGAAUAUCUGCUUCAUGUAAAAGGAAGAGAAUUUGUAAGUCAAAUUCAGGCCAGGUUCCCCCACCUUCUUGAACAGCUGUUGUCGACCUCUGAUAUACCUGUGGAUGAAAACGUUGAUCCCCCAAUUAUUCAUUUUGAACCUGGAGAAAGUCAUUCAGAAGAUGCAAUUAUGAUGAACACACCUGUGGUUAAAGCUGCCUUGGAAAUGGGAUUUAGUAGAAGGCUAAUAAAGCAAACAGUGCAAAGUAAAAUCUUGGCCACUGGAGAAAACUACAAGACUGUUAAUGAUCUUGUGUCUGAUCUGCUCACUGCUGAAGAUGAGAAGAGGGAAGAGGAGAAAGAGAGGCAGUCUGAAGAAGUGGCAUCCGAUGACUUGUCCUUAAUCCGGAAAAAUCGAAUGGCUUUAUUCCAACGUUUGACAUGUGUACUUCCAAUCCUUGAGAGUUUACUAUCUGCUAAAGUGAUAAGUGAACUUGAGCAUGAUGUUAUUAAGCAAAAGACUCAGACACCGUUGCAAGCAAGGGAGCUGAUAGAUACGGUCUUAGUGAAAGGAAAUGCAGCGGCCAGCAUAUUCAGAAACUGUCUACGAGACCGUGACCCUUUACUAUACAAAGAUUUAUUUGUGGAGAAGAGUGUGAAGUAUGUUCCCACAGAAGAUGUUUCAGGUUUACCUAUGGAAGAACAAUUAAGGAGACUACAAGAAGAAAGAACAUGUAAAGUUUGCAUGGAUAAAGAAGUUUCCAUUGUUUUCAUUCCUUGUGGUCACUUAGUGGUGUGCAAAGAAUGUGCACCUUCUCUUAGGAAAUGCCCUAUUUGCAGGGGGACAAUCAAGGGUACAGUGCGUACUUUUCUUUCGUAAGGAAGGGGAAGCUUGCAUUUGCGAAAUAAUACCUUUGUUCCUGCCGUUGUCCCAAGUGCUAAAGUUUUAGUCACUGAUGUCUUAAGAAUGGAAAACUGUGGUACUGAAGAUUAAUCAACUACUUAGUUUACUAGUACACAACUGUGCUAUAUUGUCAUUAUUGAAUAUACUAGGUCUUCCUUGCCAAAUAUGAUUUUUGUAUGAAAGACUGACUAAAUACUAAGGUGAGGCUUUCAGUAGCUUUUCUCCCUAAAUAGGGAAAGCAGUUCCAUAAGUAUGCCUCUAUGACAGUUUGAUUAAAAAGUAUUUUCUGGUCAUAUCUGAAAAUGGAACUUGGUAUACCUAUUUUAUGAGUUCUCCUCCACAUAAAUGUGAAGAAAUUUAGCUGAGAUUGUUUAUUAAUAGUAAACUUCAGCUACUGUUCUGGUUCAUUAUUGGCUUUCUUGUGGGGUUGGGAGAGGUAAGAUAGGUUAACUGUUGCAGGAACAGCAACCUUUUUUAAGUCCUGGUCAUGUCUGCAGUUUUGUGUAGUAUGUAUUAAUAAUAGUUUAUAUGGAGACAAUUAAAAUAUUUUUACUUUCCAA